AUGAUUCACUUUUCUCGAACAGUUGUUUUGACUGCUCACCCAAAUUCGAAAUGGCUAUCAAGUCUUCUAAAACAACCAUGGCGUUGUUUUGGCGGAUUAGAUACUUCACCAUCAUCUGUAAUGAGAAAUGCUCAAGUUCAAACAAUUUAUACUGAAACAAUAAAUGUUCUUAAUCAAGGCCGUUUAGAAGUACGAUGUCCAUUUAAUCUCUAUGUAACACCAAUUAAUCAAAAAGAUUUUCCAAGACUUGAUAAAGCUUUUUUUACUAUUUACGGUGAUAGUGGUUUUCAAUUUUCCAAAGAAGAAUGGAGUAAAUUAUUUGAAUUUUCAAGUUUAUAUAAUCAAGAUGAUCGAAGUCUUCGUAUCUAUGGACAAUUUACUCAAUUAGGUGAAAAACAAUUGAGUGAACAAGCUCAUACUCUCGAAGUUUAUUGUCAAAUUCCUCCUCAUUAUGAACUUGAUGUUAUUUGUACAGACAAUAAUAAUGUUAAUGUUGAAUAUCUUCAUUGUCCUAGAGUACAUAUUCAAGCAAAACAAGGCGAAUGUUCAUUAAAAAAUAUUGUCGGAGAUAGUAUUGUCGUUCAUAGUCAAAAUGGAAAUAUAACAGGUUUUGGUUCUUUACAUGGUACAAUUGAUUUAAGUACAGGAAGAGAUGGUACAAUACAAGCAUCAAAAUUACAAGGUAGUUAUGUACGAUUAAAAGUUGAAAAUUCUGACAUACAACUCAAACGUUUAUAUUCGGAACAUUUUCUUGUACAAGGACAAAAUGGACGUUUUCGUUUGGGAAAUUUAAAUGGACAUGGAAUAGUUGAUUUACAUGCUGCAUCAAUUGAUGGUGAUGUGAAUGUUCAGUGUGAAGAAGGUGAUGUGAACGUGUUUUUUACAGCGACUGAUUCAUCGACAAUACGUGUACAACAAGGUGAUGUUAAAAUGGGUGUAAUAGAUACAGUAGGUGUUCGAUUAGAUCUUGUCGGUAAACGUGUACAAGUAUCUGAUGAAGCUGAACAUUUUCAUAGACAAACAAUACGAAAAGAUAAAAUUGUUCAAGUAAAAGGUUUUAUUUCGGAUGAAUCUGCUAGUUCAACGAUUAAUGUAAAUGCACUAAAGGGUACUAUUGAACUUAAUGUACGUGAUUGGUUUUCAACAUUAAAACUUGAUCAACAUGUUGAUCAUUAA